CCGUCGUCGCCCCCUCCGCCCUCUGGAAGUUUGCCGGAGCUCACGCGCCGGCUGCAGGACGAGAGGGAUGCAUUGCGCGUAGAAGUGGAGGAGCUGACGCGGCGGCUGGCGCAGGAACGUGCAGCAAGGGCCACUCUGGAGAACGAGGCGCAGCUGCGCGAGCUGGAGCUGCGUCACGUGCAGCAGCGCAGCGCCCAAGCAGCUCAACAAGCUCGGGACAAGCAGGUAGCGCUGGAGAAGGAGCUGGAGGACGAGGUGGCGAUGCACAAGAUGGCGGUGCUGGGGAGGAACGCCGCUACGCAGAAGAACACGACGCUGGCGGCGGAGCUCAAGACGAUGGAGACCAAGUGGAAGAAGGAGAUCGAGAAGAAGGAGAUCGCCAUUUCAGAAGUCGAAGCAGCCGCGGAAGAAGCUCAGAAGCUCAAGACGGACAGAGACCAGCUCGUGCAACGCACGGAGAGUGACGCCAAACGCGUCCGAGAGUUGUGGCAGCAGAUCGCUCGGGAACAUGAAGUCAAGGUGGAAGCUCUGAAGCAGGAGCUGCUGAAUGCUCAGCAAAUGGAGGAGAAGGCUGCUCUGCAGGAACAGCUUGCGGCUGCAUCCAGCGAGAGGUCUCGUUCACUGGAGCAGAAGGAGUUGGACCGAUUGAAGGAGAAAAGCUGGGGUAACGAGCAGCACCGUAUUGCACUGGAAUUACAAGAAGCGAAGAGUGACUGCAAGCUGCAUGCUCAACGGGAAGAAGCAGCCGUCAAGGAGCGGGACGCGGCGGUGCUGGCAGCGCGCAAGGCAAAAGAGGCUCUGGAUGAUAGAACGGAAGAGCUGUUGGCGUUGAAAACCGAGUUUUCUGACCUGCUUGAUAAGCACGAGACUCUGGUUGUACAGUACAAGCAGUCGGCGCGACAGCGUGAGGCGCAGCUUGUCGUGCGCACCCAAAAACUUCGUGACGGUAAACGCUGCGCCGAGGAGCUGGUUCGACUUCGGCAGGAAGAAAUCGCCAAGUACAAGCAGGUUAUUUAUUCGGUGAACACUCGGCUUACAGAGGUGCAGGAGCUUAGCGAAACCAACCAGAACAACGCGUGGUCACUGCCGCAAGACGGCAGCAACACCAAGACCUCGCUAUGUAUCUACCGCCAC